GUCAUAUGAUAGUCUCAUCAAUCAGCUAGAGAGAGAGAGAUAGUGAGCUAGCUUUAAACAUAUAUAGGAAGUUAAUCAACUAAUGGAGUUUCACCACCAUAACAAUGGCCAAGAGUUCUUGGAAGAUAUAUUAGACUCACAAACUUCUUUUGGAAUGAGUUACAUUGAUGAUCAUUUUAACGAAAAUACCAUAUUUUCAACUCCUACCACUUUUCUUGAAAGCUCUCCAAUUUCCAUCACUUCUCAAACCUCUUCUUCAUUUGGAGACUUUUCCUUGCCAUUUAUCUUUGAACCACAAACCCUAAAUUGUUCUUCAUUUGGUCAAGACUUCAUUAACCCUUUUGUUGACCAUGAGCUCUCUCAUUUCCAGCCUCCAAAUGUUAAGCUUGAACCUUCACCAAUAUUUGACCAAGAUUACUACUCCAUGCUUUCAAUGUUGGAUGAUGUACAUAACAAUCCUUUUGUAAAUGAUGUAGAUAAUACUCAAGUCAAUAACCCGGAAAUGCUAGUCGACCCACAAAGGUUUAUGGGUGAACUAGAAUCCGAAAGACCAUCCAAUUUCAACAUAGGGAAAAAUGUUAAGAACCCUAAAGUUGAGGGGCAACCCUCAAAAAAUCUAAUGGCUGAGAGAAGGAGAAGGAAGAGGUUGAAUGAUAGACUUUCCAUGCUUAGAUCAAUUGUACCAAAAAUCAGCAAGAUGGAUAGAACAUCAAUUCUUGGAGACACAAUAGACUACAUGAAGGAGUUGACAGAGAAAAUCAAUCAUAUGCAAGAAGAAAUGGAUAUUUCCACCAAUCAUUCGAGUUUAAUGAAUGGGAAAUCUAAAGAAAUAUUUAUCAGAAAUUCACCAAAGUUCGAUGUGGAAAGGAGAAACGCAGAUACAUUCGUACAAGUAUCUUGUACAAGUAAACCAGAGUUGUUGAUAUCAACAAUGACUACACUCGAAGCGCUAGGCCUCGAGAUUAAUCAGUGUGUUAUAAGUUGCUUCAACGAUUUCGCGAUGCACGCUUCUUGCUCCGAGGAGAUGGAGCAAAGAGUAAUCUUAAAUUCUGAAGAUAUUAAACAAGCGUUGUUUAAGAACGCAGGCUAUGGAGGAAAGUGUCUAUAAACAAUUUUAUUAUCGCGGCUGCACGUGGUUUAAUUUUGCGGAUGAAAAUUAUUCUUCUUGUAUGUUAGGCAUAAGAAAAAAAGAUCAUAAUUAAACUUUGAAUUGUAGUUAGAGUGA